AUGUCGAUUUUAACUUCUGAUUUACAAGUACCAGUAUUCUAUCCGACAUAUGAUGAAUUUGAAAAUUUUUCAUCAUAUGUAUCAAAAAUCGAAUCACAAGGUGCACAUAAAAUUGGCUUAGCAAAAAUUGUACCACCAAAACAAUGGAUAUCACGAAAAAUGGGCUAUAAACAAAAAGAAAUUGAUGAUACAAUGGUACAGAAUCCAAUAAAACAAGAAGUACAUGGAAAAGAUGGUUUCUAUUUAGUAUAUAAUAUUCAACAAAAAUCAAUUAAAUUAAGUCAAUUUCAAAAAUUAGCAUCAACUAAUCGAUAUGCAACACCAUCAUCAAUUUCAAAUGAUAUUGAAAAAUUAGAAAAAAAAUAUUGGGAUAAUUUAACAUCAAUAGCACCAAUUUAUGGAGCUGAUGUUAGCGGUUCAUUUUAUGAUAAAAGUCAAAAAGUAUGGAAUGUAAGUAAUUUGGGUACUAUACUUGAUGAUCUUCAAACUGAAUAUGGAACUAAAAUUGAAGGUGUUAAUACAGCUUAUUUAUAUUUUGGUAUGUGGAAAGCAACAUUUGCUUGGCAUACUGAAGAUAUGGAUUUAUAUUCAAUAAAUUAUUUACAUUUUGGAGCACCAAAACAAUGGUAUGUUAUUCCACCAUCAUAUGGUAAAAUAUUUGAAGAAUUUGCUGCUUCACAUUUUCCAUCAUUAGCACGUCGUUGUCCAGCAUUUCUUCGUCAUAAAAUGACAAUUAUAUCUCCAUCUAUAUUAGCAAAACAUUCGAUACCAUUUAGUAAAAUGACUCAAUAUGAAAAUGAAUUUAUUAUAACAUUUCCAUAUGCUUAUCAUGCUGGAUUUAAUUAUGGUUUUAAUUGUGCUGAAUCAACAAAUUUUGCAUUAGAACGUUGGAUUGAAUAUGGUAAACAUAGUGUUCAAUGUGCUUGUCGUCAUGAUACGGUUAAAAUUGGUAUGGAUCUUUUUGUACUUAAAUAUCAACCAGAACUUUAUAAUGAUUGGUGUCGUGGAAUAAAUGUAACAUCACAUCCAGAAGAUACGCAAAUGGUAGCAAAUAAUAGAACUAUUAUUAGAAGUUCACCGACAAAAAAACAAUUAUCUAUAAAUAAUAAAUCAUCAAAAACUUCUACUGACACAUCAUUAACUUCAAAACCAUUUCAAUAUUAUUAUCAUGAACAAAUAUCUGAUGAACGAUAUGCAUGUAUAUUUCGUAACUUAGCUAAAUUUGAUAAACUAAAACAAUUAUCAAAAUUGGAAUAUCCUAAUUCACUUAUACGAGCUGCACUUUGUCGAGCUCAAUUUAAAUUAAAUAAAAAUAAAAAUAAAAAUUCUACAAAAUUGUUAUGUUUAACAGCUAAUUUAGUAUUGAAUUCAUCUUUAUUAUCAAAUCCAAUAUUUUUCAAUGGUUUAAAACAAUCGAAUAAAUAUCGUGAAAAUAUUCUUAAUGGUCUUUGGAAUUAUCAAAUAAUAGAUAAAAAUUCAGAAAAAAUAUUUAAUCAAUGGUUAUCAAAUCAAAUAUCAAAUUGUGCGAUAUGUUAUCUUUUUACUGCUAAUAAGUAUGAAAAUAAAUCAUUAUUAAUAAUUAGAAAUUUAUUAAUGUUAGAUGAUUUAAAUAAUAAAUUGAAUAUUUCGAAUGAUUUACUUAAAUGUACAAAAUGUUAUGUUAGUGUACAUCGAGAAUGUUAUGAAAUUAUAUGUUUAGCAUUAAAUGCAAAAAUUACUGAUGAUUAUGAUCAUUGGUAUUGUCAACGAUGUACUUUACAAAGAGAAGUAAUUAAAAAAAUACAUAUAUAA